UUAUGUUCGUACUGUGUGCGGGACACACCAAACGUGUGUUCUGGUUCGAUGCUGUGCCUGGACAACACGAGAGAGAUCAUUCGCGAAAUGAAACUUCGAAAUUGCAACGCGCCAAGUUUCGAUGAUGUGUGCCACGUAUCGUGCCCCCACUUUAACUCGUAUAAAUUCGGCGCUAACGGGAUCAGCUGAUCACUUGACGGUGUCCGCAACGCCUGCGGCCAAGUACUGACGUAUCGUUGCAUCGGUGUGUAGGAAGUGCGAACGAUUCUUGUCUAGUGAGGUGACGAAUGUACGACUGUCUCGGAUUCUCGUACACGCGUUUCAUAUACGAAACGUGAUUGGAAAAGCGCGAGAUGAAUGCCAAUUACAUUACGGUUAUUGACUCGCUUGUAAGAGAUUAGAGAUAAGAUAAAAUUAUGAUCUACCGAUAGGCGGACCAAAAAAAAAACGAGAUGACACAGCUGCAACAAUUUGCGGAUUUGUUAAGCUUGAUAACAAUAGGCAUGUGCUUCGUACUGAAGAUUCCACAGAUAUUAAAAUUAGUUUCUGUAAAAUCAGCCGAUGAAAUAUCGAUGCUAGGAUUAUUUUUAGAAUUGACAAGUUACACUGUGAUGACUAGUUACAAUUAUACAAAUGGAUACUCAUUACUGUCCUAUUUGGAGUAUCCAAUAAUAUUAGCGCAGGAAUAUAUACUGAUUUUUCUUGUGCUGAAAUAUUUAAGCAGGAUCAAUAUGUGGUCCUUUUUAGGUGCUGUAAUUUACUUUGCAGUGAGCAGCUGUCUGCUGCUGGGAAUUGUUCCAAAAAUUGUACUUACACUUUUAGCGCCAAUGUGCACUCCAAUCUCAGCUUCCAGCAAAAUUGUUCAAUUGUUAGCUAUACUUCGAGCUAAGAACGCAGAAUCAGUAUCGCCUCUCACUUGGUUUAUAUCUGCCUUCACUAAUUUGACGAGAGUCUUCACGAUAUGGAUGGACUCUGCCGAUAUAUUGCUGCUGGGGAACUUUAUCAUCUCGGUCCUGCUGAGUUCCAGCAUCAUGUUCUCCGCCCUUUAUUAUCGAAAUCGUGCAUUAAAGCAGGAUUAAAUGAAAGACAUAGCAGAAAUGAAUAAGAAAACUUUACAUCUAAUUGCAAACGUAUGCAAUUAAAUUGCCAACUUGUGCUGUAUAUUUCUUGAGAGCGUAAUCACAUAAGGUAUACUAAAUUUUAUUUCUGCUAAUAAAAUUAUAGAAAUUA